CGCCUCUCCUCCAGCCGCGUCCGUCGCUCCCAGCCCUCUCCCCCGCGCCGAGCUCAGUUCUGUCAGCGUCCGCUGCACCUCGCGUCCCCGUCAGGCCUCCGGGCCGGCUUCCGCGGUCGCCAUGACGGCGGCCGUGUUCUUCGGCUGCGCCUUCAUUGCCUUCGGGCCUGCGCUGGCCCUCUACAUCUUCACCAUCGCCACCGAGCCGUUGCGCGUCAUCUUCCUCAUCAUCGGAGCUUUUUUCUGGUUGGUGUCUCUGCUGUUUUCCUCCCUUUUUUGGUUCAUGGCAAGAACCAUUACUGACAACAAAGAUGGACCAAUACAGAAAUAUCUGCUGAUCUUGGGAGUGUUAGUCUCAGUCCUUAUCCAAGAAACGUUUCGGUUUAUGUAUUAUAAACUUUUAAAAAAAGCCAGUGAGGGUUUGAAGAGUAUAAAUCCAGAUGAGACAGCACCUUCUAUGCGAUUGCUGGCCUAUGUUUCUGGCUUAGGCUUUGGAAUCAUGAGUGGAGUAUUUGCCUUUGUAAAUACCCUUUCCGACUCCUUGGGACCAGGCACAGUGGGCAUUCAUGGAGAUUCUCCCCAGUUCUUCCUAAAUUCAGCUUUCAUGACGCUGGUUAUCAUAUUGCUGCACAUGUUCUGGGGCAUCAUAUUUUUUGAUGGCUGUGAGAAGAAAAAGUGGUCUGCCCUUCUUGUAGUUCUUCUGACCCAUCUGCUAGUGUCAGCCCUGACCUUCAUAAGUCCUCAUUAUGGAAUAAAUCUGAUGUCAACAUAUAUAAUUAUGGUACUCAUGGGCAUCUGGGCAUUCUUUGUUGCUGGAGGCAGCUGCCGAAGCCUGAAACUCUGCCUACUCUGCCAAGACAAGGACUUCCUCCUUUUCAACCAGCGCUCCAGAUAACCUCUGAGAACCAGCACCUGUCAAACAGGAUAUUCUUCAAGACCCAGAGAUCUCAGCCUACUGCUCACUUGCUCUUAAAGUGAUGUGGGGAAAGAAGGACUCUUAGAGCAGCCCCAUGCCAAGGACUAAGGCCCACCAAGCUCCGUUUGAAUUUUACAUUGUUCGUAUUUUGACACAGUACACAUCCUCUCCACGUGAAGACCUAUUGAUUUUCAGCAAUUUUGCAUCUGUUUAUGGAGCACCUGUUAUGAGCAGGAAUUACUCAGGGUCUCAGGUCCGCCGGGUUGAACACAACAACAGGGCCCCUGCUUGCCCAAACUUGCAUCCUUUGGGAUACUUCAGGCUGGAAAAAUUGGUGUAGGACUGACCACAGCUCCAGAUAGGUCUUUGGGGCUGGUGGAGGUAUGACCUUCCUAAUAGGAAACCCUUGAGGACAUUGACUCUUGAUACCCACAUCUAGAGCAAAUAUAAAACCCAAUCUGAUAGGGAUGCUUGAAAAAUAUCGAGUAAUUAUAUGCCUGGAAUCACAGAGCUCAGUGCAAAGUUUAUACUGGGAGAGUGUGACAAUACUACAAACUAAUGCCAAACUACCAGUGAGCAGGAAGAGACUUAAAAAACAAAUCCUCCAGGGCUCAGGCUUCUUGCUAACUACCAGGUAAUUGUCCUUCCUCUGGAAAUGGCAAUAAACCCUCCAAUCCCACGUUCAGAUAAACUUUCUUACUCCCACAGGGAAAAAAAAAUCUUUAAAGAAUGUAAAGCUGUGUUUAAAAGAUUAUCUCCCGUGGUAAUUAAAUGGAUUUUCAGGUGGAGGUUUCCCCAGAAAAGCAAGUAAUUGGCAUGUCAUGGCUCGUUAGGGUGGAACCAUGGUGCUCUGUGGGUUCUCUGUGAGUCAGGACCCAAGCUUUGCCAUCUGGGGUCCAUUCAUCAGUAUUUCAGCACCAGGAAUGAAACUGGAGCAGAGGGCAAAGGAACACCACUUCUUCCGGGAACCCGUCCAUAGACAGCAGCACUAUUUCACAAGAGUGGACGUGUGUACUCUGGCCUCACAGAAUCUCGGCUCCCUACCCCUUGUUCUCUAACUAGGAGACUCAUCUGAGAGUAAGGAGAGUCGGAAGAAAAACUUGCUAUGAGGAGUUGAUCCAAGGUCUGGACAUACACAGUAGAACCCUACUAAUUUUUCAGGCUGUCAACCUUUGGAUAUGCCUUCUUGGAAAUGUUAGAGCUUGAAGGGAUUUCAAAAUGUCCUGUCCAACCUUUCACUGGACACCAGUUUUCUCACUUGCCAUGUCAGAGUCUCACUGAGCUAUAUUUUAAUUUUCAAGACCUCAGAGCCCUGGACUCAAAGCAACUCAACCACACCAAGAUGGCAGAGGGAGAGGGUAGCAAGAGGACACCAAGGUAAGACCAUUACUCAGCUGAGGACAAAACCAAAUUCCUUAGGGACAGCAGGAAGCAGAGAUGGAGCAGUCAUGAGGUAUCAUGCAAACCCUCAGGUCAGGAAGAGGCACAGCUAUGGGGUGGCAAGCCUUCUAGAGUGAAGGCUGCCAGCCUUUUUGUUGCUCCCAAUGACGUUUGGACCCACGGCCAGGGUGGCAGAAGCUGCCAGCCAGGCACAAAAGGAGAAACCCCGUAAGUGAAGAGGUACAGCAAUGAGAUGAUGAUUUCUCUUUGGACACAUGACUAAAGGGAACUGGGUUAGGACUUUCUCUUCCCAAAACAGAGGUUCCAAAAGGUUUCAUGAAGAGGGCAUUCUAGUGCUAACUAAACUAAGAACUCUUUAGGGACAAGACCAUCUCAUUGUGAUCACUGUGAACUCAUGUUGUGAUUAGGGUCACACACAUAACAGGCAUUUGGUAAACAGUUUCCCCAAGAAUAAAAGACCCCAAAGAACAGAGAGCUUGGGAAAGGUCAUCAGGAGGAAUUUUUCUUUUUCAUUGUGCCCCUAAAUACUCUUUUUUGGAACUAAAUACUCUUUAUUGGAACUGACACUGGAUUAGGUAUUUGGGGGCAACGAAGUGUUGGCAAAACCUUCUUCAGAAAGAGAAGCAGCUAUGUUGGAUGAGAAGAGUCCAGAAAACAAGAUCAGCGCCAGCCAUCCCACCACCUCAGUGAGUGACCUUGAGCAAGUCACAUUCCCUGCCUGAGUCUCCUUUACCCUUCAUACAAAUGAGAGGAUUGAACACUGUGUUCUGGAAGUCCCGUUCUGGCUCUCAGCUCCGAGAUGCAUGGAGAUUACUAGGACUAAGCUGGAGACCCUCUGUAUCAGGCAAGUUUGAGCGGGUUGGAGAGAGCCGCUCAUGCCAAGCAGCUAGCUCCUGGGCAUGUGACAAGGUGCCUGGUGGGAAGCGGCUGUUGGACUGAGCGCAGGGCACUGCUGCUCCCGGGGCGGGCGAGCCCCUGGCUUCAGGAACCUGCCGCGGUGUUAGCUGCCAUCCCCGCUCGUCUUUGAGCACCAGCCACAGCCCCUUAGGGGCAACAGGGUCUAAAAAGCUUUUUCUACUCCUGCUUUAUUAUUAUUAUUUGUAGUAGUUUUGAUUCUUACAACUCUAUAGGAUCAGCAAGGCAAAAAUUGUACCAUUUUAUAGAUGAAGAAUUGAGAUUAAAUGAUUUGCCCUAAUUAGACCUUGGCUUAGUUACAGAGUUAUCUUGCCUGGGUCACAGAACCUCCAUGCCCUCCUGUUUUAGUAUUUAUCCAGGAGAUUUGGGGCAUGCCUGUUUCCUCCCUCUCCCAUGCUCUUCAGGAAGGCAAGGGCCAUGUCACGUUCAUCCCUGCCUCUCCCAUAAUGCCUGGCACAGAGCAGGCCCUUACCUGUUUGCGGAGCUGCAUUCUGAAGCUAAUUUUGUGCUUGUUCCUCUCCAGGGAAGCGUGCCCCUCUAUUAAUCCCCCUUGCUUCCCUACCACCCUGUAUCAUUUUUUUUCCCAUCAAAAAAGAAAAGAAAAAUUAGGUCACUUGCUCAGGUUCAAAAUUUACCUUCCUAGCUUCCUAGUUUACCUGCAUGAGGAUGUGUUCUGUUUGGGAGCACUCAGUGAGAAAGAAAUCUGGUUUGCUGCCCUGUGGCCCGGGAGAUGGCCUGCGAGAUGGCCUGCCAAGUACGGGGCUUCACAGCAGUUCGUAAGACUCCCCCACCAGCACGGGAUGGCCAGUGUCCCCUUCCUGCAUGGCUGGGGACCUUGGCAGAGCAGCCUCCCAAAAUUGUGGCCUGUGAGUGCGAGGGGCAUGUGGUGCCAUGUGGGUGGGCACCAGGGAACAUAUUGAGGUGUUGUCAGUAGACCCCUUUCAGCCCUCCACCCCUGGCCUCCGCCUGGGGGAUGUGUGACUUGUCGCUGAAGUAACACUGGCCUUUUGCAGGCAGCCACAGCCCAGACUGUGGCUUUUCAACUUGGUCUCAGCUUCCACACUCAUGCCAAGCGCCCUGGUGCCAGGAAACCUCACUUGGGACUAACUCUUCCAAAAGAGGCAUUUAUUUCCAGCUACCAUAAAAACUCCACUUUUCUCAGUUUUGACUUUGCCUUUCCAGUUCAUUGGAUUCCUCACAUGAUCCUGAUAAAGGAGAUCAUGUGUAUCUCCCAGUUUGUUUUUCCAAACAAAGUCAAAGCAUUAUUUCUUUCCAGCUCAUGUUUUUCUGUUUUGAAAUGUGACAGGAGAUUAACAUGGCCCAGCUCAAAAUGCCUCUUGUGAUUUCCGAUUGGGAGUUAUGAGGCCCAGGGUACAAGAUCUGCAUUACCCAAGGACCAGAAUUUUUGUCAUGGAAAAUUUCAAACACAUACAACAGCAGAGAGAAGAGCAAAAUGAACCUCCAUGUCCCCCAGCUUCGACAACUAACCAUUGGCAAAAACAGAUCAGCCUCAUCUAUAUCACACCCACUCUCCCCUAUCCCUGGAUAAUUCCGAAAGAAACCCAAAUCGUUUUCAUCUGUACAUACUUCAGUAUGUGCCACUAAAACAUAAGGGCCACAGUGCCAUUACCACACUUAAAAAGUUAACAAUUAAUUCCUUAAGGUUAUCAAAUCUCAUCAGAAUUCAGUUUUCUAAUUAUCUCAUCACUUUGUAAUGGUUUAUUUGUAAGCUUCAGGAUUCAAGUAAGGUCCAUAUAUUGCAGUUAGUUGAUGUAUUACGGCCUAGAUCUCAAUUUGAUGGUGGGAUGCCUCAUCAGACAACCACUGGCCCCACUUCUUCCAAGGCUCAGAAUCUCAGAGCCAGGUUGGCUCUGUCCAUCCUUUGCCCUCAGUCGGUCGUGGAGUCCCACGUUUCUGUUACCACCACCACCUCUCCCACCCCAGGACUGGCCCUCAUCAUGUCACACUGCACAGGCUUACUGCAGGGUCCCUGCCUCAGCCUUUCCUGUUCGCCGCCAGCCUCCUUUCUUGUGACCAAGUUUAACCAGACGUAGCACCUCCCUGUCUCCGAAGCGUGCCCGCCCCACCCAACAAAGCAGAGCAGAGCCGUAGCCAUCUUUGAUGGCCUGAAACACCUCAGCCUGUCAAGGCCUUCAGUGGCCCCCAUGGUCAGGCUGGCAUCCCGAGCCUCAGAACAAGUUAUGAACUUGACCUUCACAAACGUUCUUAUGCUAAAAAUGUGCCUAAAACACCGCCCUCUUUCCCCUUCACCUUUCCAAAUCUUGUCCCCGCUUCAAAGUCCAGCUCAAGUCCUGCCAAAGCUACUCCAGUACUUUCUCCCUGCCCCUGACCCCCGACAUGCUGGGGGUUCGCACUGUGGUACAGUGAUGGGAAUGCUUGUUUAAGUCUUGUGCAUGACUGCUGUUUCCGAACCAGCACCUCAACCUGCUCCAACCUGAAAUCCUCAACUCUGUCUGCGGAUUUCAAAGUCCUUUUGAAGACUACAGCUUUUUGUCACAUCCCUCCCGCAUGUCUGACAGAGCGGCCCUUACGAAACACUUAAGAAAUUGAUUUGGAGCGUUUCUUAAGCUCGUUUCAGAAAUCUAGCCAUAAAGGGGUGAGAGAAGAGUGUGUGUACACGUAUGCACAUGGUUAUAGGAAGGUGAGGGUAACAAGAAGGGUUUUGUUCUUAAUGGGGAGACUUAAGCAUACUUCCAUACAGAAGGGAAGGGGGGAGAGAGAAGGACGGUUGGAUCCAGGAGAAAGAGGAGUCUAUGGAUGGAGUGUGGCCCUGAGAAGACAGUGGGUUGGGGAGGCUCCAGCCAGCUGAGGUAGAAAUUAACCCCAGGCUGAAGGAGGCACUCGAUAAAUGUUCAUCAUAUGGAUCAAGAACACUGAAGCCUGCCUGGAAAUGAAGCCCAUGAAGUAAAAACCCAGUCAGAAAUCCGAGAACUCAGCAAGCCUGCAAAGCUGAUCAGAGAGGACUGGCUAUGGGAAGACAAGCCAUCUGGUUUUCCGCAUUCCACAAUGUAUGCAACCAAAGUGCACCAAUGAGCCUAAAAAAGUCAGUAUGAUUUUUUUAAUGAACUUAUAUUUCACUACUUUCUUACUACAUCUUGUGGGUUUUUUUUUAAAAAAGAUUUUAUUUAUUUGAGAGAGAUAGAGCACUAACAGUGGGGAGGGGCGGAGGGAGAGGGAGAAGCAGACUCCCUGCUGAGCAAGGAGCCCAAUGUGGGGCUUGAUCCCAGGACCCUGAGACCAUGACCUGAGCUGAAGGCAGAUGCUUAAUGAACUAAACCACCCAGGCACCCCAAUACAUUUUGUGUCUUGUUUUAAAAUUUAAUUACAGAAAAUUUCAAAGUAGGUACAGAAGUAAAGAGUAUCGGGGCAUCUGGGUGGCUCAGUCGGUUGAGCGUCUGACUCUUGAUUUCGGCUCAGGUCAUGAUCUCAGGGUGGUAAGAUCGAGCCCCAUUGAGCCCACACCCAGCGUGGAGCCUACUUAAGAUUCUCUUUCUCCCUCUCCCUCUGCCCCACCUCCCCUCUCUCUAAAAAAAUAACAAAAAUAAAUUAAAAAUUAAAAAAGUAAAGAGUAUCGUAUAGUGACCCCACGUACCCAUCUAUCUAUCCACAAUUAGUUUAGUUUUGUCUACCCUCCUCCACUGGAUGACUUUGAAGAAAAUCUAUGGAUGCUUAUCUAAAGAUAAGGGGUCUUUAAAAAUAACCACAAUACUAUUUUCACAUCUAAAAACUGUUGGCAGUAAUUUCUUAAUGUCAUCAAAUAUCCAGUGAGUGUUCUGGUUUCCCCAGUAGUCUCAUAAACUCACUGAAUGGUUUAUUGGAAUCAGGGUCCAGAUAAGGUACAUGUAUUGUGACUGGUUAAUAUGGCUCCUAGCUUUCUCUCUAAGUGCCCGAUUUCAGAGUGUACAGAGUGUGUUUACUCUGUACAUAUAUAGUUACAGACUUAUUACUGCCUCAGGCAAAUAACCAUUUAUGCAAGUAAAUGCAGGAUCAUUUUAUUAUUUUGUAACCUGUUUGCAGACAUGGUAUGGGGUAGGUAAAAAACUUUAUGGGUUGAGUAAUUUCUUAUACACCUGGUACAUACAUUGUAAUAAUAAAAGCACCGAGAGCUCCUUAGAAGACAAGAACUACAGAAUAACUGCUAGUUUCUCACUGGUUACUCUUUCUCACUGACUGUACAUCUUAUGUGCUCAAGAAUAAUACACAUUUUAAUAAAAAUAUUGUUUGUAACUUGGACUAUAUCUGAUGAAUCUGGACACACACAGAAAAGCGCAUUCGUGGUUACCCUGUUUUGAGGUUUGCCUUUUUGGUCCUUUCUAAGUCCGUCCCUCAGAUCCACUGCUGCCCCUGACAUCUCUUGGUGGCCGUAUUCUCCCAGGUAGCCCCCUGCCCGUGUCUAUGUGAGUGUCUGCAGACAGCUCUCUGGGCUCCAGGGCAUGUCUCUUUGGAGCGGCUACCAAAACACAAGGUCAGAUCAAAAUCUGCCCCAGGAGAUAAAACUCUCCUGGCAAGGUUGACAUAUUCUGGAUGUUGACACACCUUUUUCUUCGAUCAAUAGUCAAAGUUUCAGUCCAAUAAAAGCUUUUGCUCGGGGCGCCUGGGUGGCUCAGUCGUUAAGCGUCUGCCUUCGACUCAGGUCGUGAUCCCAGGGUCCUGGGAAUGAGCCCCACAUCGGGCUCCCUGCUCGGCAGGAAGCCUGCUUCUCCCUCUCCCACUCCCCCUGCUUGUGUUCCCUCUCUCGCUGUGUCUCUCUCUGUCAAAUAAAUAAAAUCUUUAAAAAAAAAAAAAAAAGCUUUUGCUCAGUCCUCCAAAGUUUGGUUUCUAAGGGGAUCUGAGUAUAUAAUAAAAAUGGACCACGUCCUGGCAUGUAUAUUUAAAUGGAAGUGAUCACAGAUUGUGUACCAAAUUUGAAUACACAUUUAAUGAAAUGCAUAUUCAAGUGUUGACUAAAUACUCUUCCUUGGAAUGCUGCUUAAUUUGGAAGUUAAUUCACUCAUUUCUUCAACAAAUGGGCCUACCAUGUGUCAGACACUGUAUUAGGCACCAAAGAUGCGCUAGGGAACAAAACAGAUCUGGUCUCUGUCCUCAUGGAGCUUACAUUCCAGUGGAAGAGACAGACAAUAAAUUGCAAAGAAGCAAACCAAUAGAUAAAUUAAAAAAAUUCCAGUCUGCAAUCAGUGCUAUGAAGGAAAUAAGCGAGGAAGAGGAUAGAGAACACGGAGGGAUCACUGUGGACCAGGUGCUACUGGAAGGCUUCUCAGAGGAGGCGCCAGUAAAAUUGAGAUUUAAGGAAUGGGACUGAGCCAACCAUGAGCAAAACCAGAGGAAUGGAAUUCCAGAGACAGGGCACAGCAAGUUCAGAGGGCUUGCUGCAGCAGAGAGCUUAUAUAUUUUAUAUGCAUGUGAUGAAUCAACUCAGAAAGAACCUAGGAUUCAUCUGGCUUCCCCUUUCCCAAGCCGGGCAUCAUCCUACUACUAGGCUGAAAAUCAUGCGGCAUCAUCUGCUCAUGUACACUCCUCUGUCUGUUAGAAAGGUCCCCCUUUCAGGGGGCUGGUACCUACCUUUCCCUGAGGGCCAUCAGCCAUGGGCCUGUGCCUAGAGCCACCCAAAACAUGGCUAAGCCACAGGACCCCAUUCAGUGGGGGAAGGCAGCCUUCGGGCCCCCUCUAAAUCCAUCUUGAAUCCACACAUCCUCAGGAUGUUGGGAUGUGGAAGCCACAUUUAAAGUUUAAUAUAUACUUCAUAGCUCCUGCAGUUCCCUUCCGAAGUUGAUUAAAAGACAUACAGCUUCUCACAGAAGUCUGGGGGCGGGGCAUUCAGCUGGCUGGGUUCUGGCCCCCCUGCAGGAGGCCACAUUCUGCCAAUUCUGCCUGUUUUCCUGCCGGUCAAGUGGAGAGGCAUGGCCAUAAAGACCAGGAUCCUGCCCAGAAGGAAAGGAGGCUAGCCGGUUGUGGGUUAAUGAUUGAUAGAUGAGGUCUUAUGACUUUAUUAUAAACAAGUGGAGGCCAGGGAAUCAAACUGGCAUUUUCCUUUGUUAACGUUACAAAUGCGUCAGAGACAGGGCAGUGAGCGAGGGCUAGAGAGUCCGGGUUACUUGUUAUUUACAAAGCUUAAAGCAGGAUUGCCUUGGAUUUUAUGUUAUAGGUUAAUACAAAGGGGAAAGUCUUCUGAAGGUGACUUCAUCUAUACUUUCUGUCCACCUCUCCUCUUUGUUAUUUCAAUUCGUGUUUGGGCCAGCUUG